GUUGUUAAGGGCUAAAGUUUGCUCGACAACAACUCAAACACCGAACUUCUCUCUAACAGGCUCUAUCUGUAUCACUGCCAAACGAGUCGUUCUCCAUUCAACACUGCUAGUCCUGCGGGACACCAUCGCCCCCAGAGCUACUCUCGCCGACGAAGACCUCUAGCAACUCCUCCCAAUAACCUCACAAUGAGCGACUAUCAACCCCGCCACGGCCGCCGCGGCUCUUCGGUCGGUGAUCGCGAAGAAUAUGUUCCAUACGCUAGCUAUGCGACGACUUCUGCCGCGCCAUACCCGCAAGCGCAGUAUGUACCGACUCAGUUUCCCGUACACAGCGCUUCUGGCUACACCGAGGGCCUAUAUUCAACAAUGCCAACGCAUUACACCAGCUUUCGUCCUACGACAAGUGCUCCCCAGCCCUAUAAUCAAUUCGACAGUACGAGUUUCAGAUCUCCUACUCCCAAGAUUGUCCAGUUCACCACUCCCCCGACUUCGUUUUCACGGGUUUCUACCCCAGACUACGAGCGAGAAUCCGACAACGAGCCUGCCGAUCCUGCACCAAGAAAUGCGAACGGUUCUCCAAUCCCUCCGCCGCCGAAGGGCUCGGGCGCCUUCCAUGCCACCCCUCCCCAGCCUCCGCCUCCGCCUCCUAGCCCGGAAACCUUCCGUAUCCCUUUGAAAUCACUCAAGUUGAACGACCUAACCUCAUCGGUUUCGGUUGGUUAUCCUGUUCCCGGAGAUAAGAGCGCCGCGUGCCAGCUCUGCGACUGGCACGGUCACACCGCAAAGACCUGUCCGCUAGGCUCUGACAAGAAGGACAACAAGCAGCCUUCUUGCAAUGAGGCUGUUUUCACGAGCAAGGAACAGAACGAGUACCAGGAUCUUGCGCGCAAGGUUAGCCACAUCAUCCAGAAUGUUGUCCCGGAUUCCAAUCAACCGCCCGCAACCAACGAGACGAUGAUCCAGCACAUCAUGAAGUGCUUGUCCAGCCAUCCAGGAAACCCCGAGUAUGUCCACAAGCAGCUGGGCAAGGAGGAACACCAGGGUCAAUGGCUCUGCAUCAAGGCGAUGUGUGACAACAAGUGGGAGGGCCCGGUGUCGAUGGCAACUAGAGAGACCGACUGCAAGUACUGCAAGAAGAAUCUCUCUGGUGAUCCGGUCACCCUUUGCUACCAGAUCAAGCCCAGACAUGGCCGGGUAGCCCUGUAUCGGGAAGUUGGUACCUUGAGAGUUUGAGGGUUCCGGGCCAGCAUAUAGCAAAGACUUGGC